GGAAUGAACCUGCUUAGAAUAACUCCUUCAACUCAUAGUUCCGUUUCAUCUCGACUGUGGAGACUCAGCAUCUUUCUACUACUUAGCCUUCCUGACUCAAAAGGAAGAGCCAUUUGGACAGCUCACCUGAAUAUAACAUUUCAGGUGGGAGAUCGGAUUAUAUCACAAUUAGGAGACAGUGGAGUAUUUGGGAAUCAUUCUCCUCUGGAGAGGGUGUCCGGUGCAGUGGUACUUCCUGAAAGAUGGAAUCAGAAUGCUUGCAACCCUUUGACCAAUUUCAGUAGGCCUGAGCAGGCAGACUCUUGGCUGGCCCUCAUUGAGCGGGGAGGCUGCACUUUUACACAAAAAAUCAAUGUGGCAGCAGAGAAGGGAGCAAAUGGGGUGAUCAUCUAUAAUUAUCCAGGUACGGGCAACAAAGUAUUUCCCAUGUCUCACCGUGGAACGGAAAAUAUAGUCGCAGUGAUGAUCAGCAACCUGAAAGGCAUGGAACUGUUGCGCUUGAUUGAGAAAGGAGUCUAUGUGACAAUCGUCAUUGAAGUGGGAAGAAUGCAAAUGCCCUGGUUGAGCCAUUAUGUCAUGUCCCUGUUUACCAUCCUGGCUGCCACAAUUGCCUACCUUUUCUUGUGCUGUGCCUGGAGACCUAGAGCUCACAAUUCUUCCAUGGGGAGGCGAAGACAGAUAAAGAGAGAUGUGAAGAAAGCUAUUGGUCAGCUUCAACUGCGAGUGCUCAAAGAAGGGGAUAAGGAACUAGAUCCAAAUGAAAACAAUUGUGUUGUUUGCUUUGAUAUAUACAAACCCCGAGAUGUAGUACGUAUUUUAACUUGCAAACAUUUUUUCCAUAAGGCAUGUAUUGACCCCUGGCUUUUAGCUCAUCGGACAUGCCCCAUGUGCAAGUAUGACAUUCUGAAAACUUAA